CUUAAACAGUAAUUUUUGUUCAGGCUCAUGAGAAGCUCAGAAGAGGAGAUUCCCUUGUGCAGAAAAGACAAUUCGAGGAAGCGGCUGAUUGCUAUGAAGAGGUAGCUGACCUGUUUGGGAAAGCUCACAGCCAACUGAGUGCAAAUUUGGGAGUUAUAAAAAGUUUCGAGUCAUCACCUAAAAAUUCAAAGUCAUCAAUUCAUUCCGUAGUUGCACUAGAAUCAUUGGCGUUGCAAAGUGACUACUAUAAAAGACAAGCUGUCGUUGUGAGAAUGAAACAAGCGCAAUACGACGAGUAUAAAAAUACUCUAGAAAUUCAGCAAAAAAAUCAUUUAAAGAAGGAUGCAAUCAAAUACAAUGACAAAGGAUCGACAGCUUCUGCAGAAACAGAUAAGUUUGAUGGAUCGUUGAGACAAGCUAUUUAUAAAACUAUAGAAGAGCAGGACACCUUGCUGAGUCUUAUGCCAUUGCCUGACGAUGACCAAGCGUUUAAACAUCCUAAAGAUACUGUCACUGUUAUUGAAGAAUUGCGGACUGUUAAUUCACAAUUAAGAUCUCUUGUUGAAAGCUUACUUAGUCAACUUGAAGCUAAAGAACAAGAGGUUAAACAAUUGACACAAAGAUUGCACACUGUUUCAGCUGCUGUGACUGAUGAAAUGUCUUUAAAUGAAGGACAUUCUUUAAGGUUGGCUCCAUUGCCUCCUUUGGCUCCCUUAGAAAUGCCCUUAUUUGAUUUUUCAUCUUCUUAA